UUGCAGUGGUUUAAUUCUAUAUGGUGUGGAAAUUCGAGAACAGCAUCUAAUAAGAACGAUGAAGUGAUGAGAGAUGACGUUAAUAAGAAUAUUAAACAAGCUACAAAAACCAAAUUUAGUGGAACCUAUACGCUGAAAGUCGAAAAACCUACAGAAGUAUCAAUAUUACUAUUUAUUAGACAAACGCUUGCUGCCCUGGGACCAAUGCUCUCAACGGUUUGCAUCGGAAUUACUGUUGGUUACAGUGCAAUCUUGCUUGCACAAUUGCAAAAGAAUACACAGUUUUCUGAAGGGUCACGCGCAAAUAUAUUAAUUGGGACCACGAACGAUGAGUCCUGGUUGGCUGCUUCAGGUGCACUUUUAAUGUCUCCCGGUUGCUGGUUAUCCGGGAUUCUCAUGGAAUUCUUUGGAAGAAGAGUAACUCAUUUAAUUAUUAGUCCUAUAUUUUGUUUAGCUUGGGUAGCUAUUGGUUUAGCUCCCAAUAGGCCAACUCUAAUUUUUGGCCGAUUGCUUUGUGGACUCUGUGUGGGUCUCCAAGCACCCCUAGGACCAGUUUAUGUCGCAGAAAUCAGUGAACCUCAAUUACGCGGUAUACUUUUAUCUGCGAUUAGUUUAGCGGUAUCUAUAGGAAUAUUAUUCGUACACGUUGUGGGAUCUUUUGUGUCAUGGGAGAAUACAGCUCUUAUUUCGAUGGUUUUUCCUAUUCUUUGUUUCUUGAUUUGUCUCAACGCGCCUGAAAGUCCAAGUUGGUUACUUAAGAAACAUAAAUCCACUUUAGCUCGAGAGUCCUGGAUUUACCUGCGUGGAUUAGAUUCUUUUGAAGAGUUUGAAAAAAUUGGAUUGGCAGAACAGAAUAAUACUCGCCUUCAAGAUGUAGAACCAACUUGCAAUUAUUCUAAACAAAAUAAUUCUGAAGCUCAUGGCACUUCAGAAUUGACCAUCGUGGAAUGUGGGGUAGGAGCACGCACAGUGCAGGAAGAACCCAAUGUAAAAUCAAUUGUUGAAUCGAUUCAGAGUAUUACACAAGAACAAAGUACUUCAAUAUCCAAUAUACAUCAAAAUGAUCACAAUUCGCAAAAACAGAAGAUCAAAUCAGUUAAAAGGUUGUUCAAUAUAUGGACCAAUGCAAUGUUUUGGAAGCCAUUAAUCAUUUUAAACAUAUUUUUUUUCGUCGCUCAAUUCUCAGGCGUGAAUGUAUUAUCAUUCUAUUGCGUGCAGCUUCUAAAGGAGGUAAUGACAUCGACCGAAAAUUCUUAUCUAGCUACAAUAUUAGUGGAUUUAGUGCGAGUAUUAGCUAGCGUCCUGGCUUGUUGGAUGACCAAAAAGUUUUCACGUCGCUUCUUAGCUAUAACAUCUGCAACCGGAGCUUCUCUUAGUCUUCUAAUUCUUUCUGGGGUAAUGUUUUGGAAUAUGGCAACAUCUUGGAUUCCAUUAUUCCUCCUUUUAAUAUUUGUAUGCGCAGUUUCGAUAGGCCUCGUUCCUCUACCUUGGCUUCUUUGCGGCGAAAUAUUUCCAACGCCAGUCCGCGCUCUUGGCACCGGCAUUUCUUCCGCUUGCGCUUUUAUAUAUUUCUUUGCCGUUGUGAGACUUGGUCCUUUUAUGCUCAAGGAUCUCGGAUCUCCUUGCACAUUUUUCAUUUUCGGCCUCAUCACUCUCAUCGGCACUUGCCUGUUAUACUUUUUUCUUCCGGAAACUAAGGACAAAACUCUUACGGAUAUUGGACGGUAUUUUCAAAAAAAAAAUGAUGUCUAAUAUAUCUCAAAAUUAUACAUAAUUGGUUUCAAUGUGACUAAAAUUUCUCAUUUGACGCCGAUUUAUGCGACUCUAUCACAAUUUUCUGGUAUAAUAUCCUUUUUAUUACUGAGACCAUAAUUUCUAUUUGCACAAUAGUUCGUAUCAUUAAAAAACUGUCAGAUGGUGGUGCAAAAUUUCGUACUUUCGAAAGUCUUUUCUUUGUACUAUAAAUCUAAGUGUCGUACAAUGUGUGCCGAUUCGGCACGCAGCAAAGUGUGAGAUUGAAACUUAACGUUUAAAAAUAACACACACGCUAUGUGUAGUAUAUAAAAUAAACACACUUGUGCAUAAUUUUCAUAUAAUACAUUUCUGUAAUAUUUGUGAUAUGAAAUGGUUGAUUUCAAUGUAACACAUAAAUUAGAAAUAACCGUAACCAUUUGAAUAUUAUGCACAUAAUGAUGGCACACUUUAA